AUGUCUGACGUUGAAGAAGUCGUUGAAAUUCAAGAAGAAACCGUUGUUGAACAAACCGCUGAAGUUACCAUUGAAGAUGCUUUGAAGGUUGUUUUGAGAACCGCCUUGGUUCACGAUGGUUUGGCCAGAGGUUUGAGAGAAUCUACCAAGGCUUUGACCAGAGGUGAAGCUUUAUUGGUUGUUUUGGUCAGCUCUGUUACCGAAGCUAACAUCAUCAAGUUGGUUGAAGGUUUGGCCAACGACCCAGAAAACAAGGUUCCAUUGAUCAAGGUUGCUGACGCCAAGCAAUUAGGUGAAUGGGCCGGUUUAGGUAAGAUUGACCGUGAAGGUAAUGCUAGAAAGGUUGUCGGUGCUUCCGUUGUUGUCGUCAAGAACUGGGGUGCUGAAACUGAUGAAUUAUCCAUGAUCAUGGAACACUUCUCCCAACAAUAA